AUGGCCAAAUCCAAGACCCUUACCAAGAAGGUUGAGAAGGCGCCCGAGGCGCCGCUCACUACCAAAGCCACGAAUGGCACGCCCUACCAGCUCGACCCGUCGCAAGUCGAGCGCGCGGCCAAAGCGCUCGUUGCGCACAUGAAGAAACACGUCGAGGACAAGAAGGAGGAAGCACCCAAGAAGAGCUUGGCGGCCGAUGAGGACGAGGCGGAAGAGGUCGACGAGCCCAUCUUUCUCAGUCUGGCGACGAAGAAGCAGAUUGGCAACACCAAGAGCAUGAAGCCUCUGGCAAUCAAGCUACCCCAUCCCAUCAUUGCAAGCGAUGUACGGAUAUGCAUCUUCACCAAAGACCCGCAAAGAGCGUACAAAGACCUCGUCGCAUCCGACGCUUUCCCGGCCGCCCUUCGCGGAAAGGUACAGCGCGUGCUCGGUGUAGACAAGCUGAAGAAGCGAUACAAGGCAUUCGAGCAGAAGCGCGCGCUUCUCGCCGAGUACGAUGUUUUCAUGGUCGACGAUCGAAUUAUCAAGAUUGUCGCAGAGUGCCUCGGCAAAGUCUUCUACAAGAGCAAGUCAAAGCGCCCGAUCCCAAUUCGCCUUACUGCUGGCGCAUACAUCGACAAGAGCGCAAAGAAGGACAAGGAUGCGAAGGAGUCCCAGAAUGUAGUCGGCACACCGCAAGGUGUAGCAAAGGAGAUUGAGUCUGCUCUCAACUCGACCUACCUCAGCAUGAGCCCCUCCGCCAACACAUCUAUCAAGGUCGCCAACCUCUCCAUGACCCCUCAACAGAUUACGGAGAACACUGCCGCUGUCGUGUCCGAAGUCGUUAACAAGCACGUCGGUCAGGGCUGGCGCAACAUCCGCAGUCUGCACGUCAAAGGUCCCGCGACCAAGGCCCUGCCCAUCUGGCUCGCUGACGAACUAUGGACUGAGUCUGAGCAAAUCCUUGAAGGACCGUACCACAAGGCCAUCACAGAGGGCACACCAAAGGGCAAGUCUGCAGAGCGCAAGAGAAAGUGGGAUGAGUGGGAGGAGGAGAUGCUCGACGAUGAAGAGCUUGCUGCGAAGCAGGCCAGGAGAGAGGCCAAGAAGGCUAAGAAGACAGAGAAGAAGAGCUCCAUCAGCAAGGAGAAGCGGAAAGCAAUGAAGCAAGAGGCACUCCAGUCGGUACAGACACCGUUGAUCGCUGGUUGA